AUGGCUGGAAUACCAACGUUUCCAAAAUUUGACGUACAUGAACACUCCGUUGGUGCCAGAUGGAACAAAUACGUUGCAAAACUCGAAAAUAUAUUUGUCGGAAUGAAAAUUGAUACAAAUAAAAGAAAAAAAGCUUUGUUACUCCAUUAUGCCGGCGAUGACGUAUAUGACAUUUAUGAAACAUUAACUUUGAGUGCCAGUGAGGACAAUUACACAGACACAAAAACGAAACUUAAAGCAUAUUUUGAACCCAAAAAGAACAGAGAAUUCGAACGUUUUGAAUUUAGAAAUAUCAAACAAACAUCGGAUGAAUCAAUUGAUCAGUUUUGUACGCGUCUCCGUCAAAAAUCAGAACUUUGUGAAUUUUCAAAUAAGGACGACGAAAUAAAAAGUCAGAUCAUUCAAGGAUGCACCUCUAAAACCCUCAGAACAAAAUGCCUGGAAGAAGAAAGAUCAUUGCAAGAUAUUUUAAUUCUCGGAAGAUCUAUGGAAAUAGCUAGAAAACAUGCAUCAGAAAUGGAAAAAAGUACGCAUCAAGAUGGUAUUCAAAGGAUUAAGACGAAACAAAGUCAACAAAAACAACAACAACAACCAAUGCGUGUGCCUGCACGUCAACAACAACGUCACCCGCGACCUAAACAACGACGUCAGUUUCAAAAUCCGAACACUUGUAGAAACUGUGGUGGAAAAUACCCGCACCAAGGACAGUGCCCCGCCUAUGGCCGUACAUGUAAUUACUGUCAUAAAAAGAAUCACCUGUUAUCAGUCUGUUACAAACGAAUUCAACAAAACAGCAGAAGAUCACGACAAUUACAUGAAAUAGAAGAGAAUGAUAGCGAAAAUUCUGACAAUUUUGAAAGCUCUGACUCGGAAGUUACAUACGGAAUGCGUGAAGAAAUCAGAUCUGUUAAAUCAAAGAAUGUGCCGCGAAUAAAUGUUAAAAUCAGUGGCAUUGACCACAAGCACCAGUCCGAUACUGGUGCCUGUGGCAUUGACACGAAAGUUUUGAUCGAUACGGGAAGUUCAAUUAACAUUAUUAGCCAGUUAGUGAUUGAUAAAAUGUCACCAACGCCAAAACUUGAAAAAUCGGAAAUAAAAGACUACCCUUUCGGACAAAAGCAGCCCAUUCAUGUUGAAGGCAAAUAUAAAUUAACAGUGGAAUCUAACAGUAAAUUUGUGCUUGCUGAUUUUCAAAGUAUCAAAGGAAAUUCAGAAAACAUUAUCAGUUAUGAAACAGCUGUAGAGUUGGGAAUCGUACCUGUGAUAAACAGUAUGAGAAACAGUGACUAUAAGGAACUGUGUGAAAAAUAUAAUCAGUUGUUCAAUGGACUAGGAAAACUUAAAGAUGUUGAAGUUAAAUUCCACGUCGACGAAUCAGUUGUUCCGUCAACACAGCCGCCAAGGCGUGUACCGUUUCACGUCAGAGAAAAGGUCGAGAAAGAGCUCCAACGCCUUGAAGACCUUGACGUUAUAGAAAAGGUCGACGGUCCGACUCCUUGGGUAUCAAACCUGGUAAUCACUAGCAAGCCUCACGCUCCUGAAAAAAUUAUCCGAAUAUGUGUCGAUAUGAGACACGCAAUCAAGGCUAUCAAACGUGAACGUCACGUGACACCAACGAUUGACGACAUUCUGAUGGCUCUCAACGGCUCAACCGUUUUCAGUCGCGUAGAUCUGUUAAAAGGUUUUCACCAGAUACCGUUGUCACAAGAAUCACGCAAUAUGACAACAUUCGCGACUCAUGUUGGUCUACGUCGUUAUAAAUGUCUGAAUUUCGGUGUUAACGCAGCUCCGGAAAUAUUUCAAAACGAAAUACGCCAAGCUCUUAGUGGAUUAAAAGGUGUCAUGAAUAUCAGUGAUGACAUAAUCUUCCGUAGUAAAACGCGAGAGGAACAUGACAGAAAUCUAGAAGCAUUAUUUCAACGUUUGACAGAGAAAAAUAUAACUUUAAAUAAAAACAGGUGCGAAUUCGGACAAUCAAAAAUUGCGGUCUAUGGAUACGUAUUUUCAGACCAGGGAAUCUCGCCAGAUCCGAAAAAAGUGGAAGCUUUAAAGAAAACAGAAUGA